GGAGGGAGAAGGCGGCAAGUAUGAGUUGUGAAGCGGAGUUGGUCGUUGCUGCUCUUUCCUGAGCUCGUGGAGCUAGAUUGCUGGAAUCGUUGAGGCCAGUAUCAAACUCUGCGACUCUUUAUUUCGCAGUUUCCUCAAUUUUUUGAACGGUUUUGGUGUAAGGAGUUAGAUUGGAGCUUGCUCGCGAAGAGGCUUUUGGGGAGUUAGUGGCAGUAGCAGUGGCAGUGGCAGACCUUCUCUCCCGAGCUCGAGAUUGGAAGCAGGAAAGAUGAGUUUAGUGGUGAACAUGCACCAGCGGCGGACUGUGGCCACUGGGACUGUGGCCACUGGGAGGCAGAACCAGGACCCUAACACGCCUGUGAAUCCUGAGAAGAAGCGGACCUCCAAGAGGCUGCAACCGGAGGUGCAGAAAUCUAUUGAAGAGGUCCUCAACCACUCGAGAAAUACGAAAGGGCGAGGUCGAUCGAUGGUUCUCGCAGCCCUACAGAAGAAGGCGGCCGAGCAGAAAAAUCCUGCCACGGUGAAGACUUCUCCGGUAAAAAGGAAUCAGCGUGGAGGAAGUGCACAAAAAAAUGCGCAUUCAGAUGAUAUGACUUCUGCCCUGGUUGCACCUGAGCUGCAAGGAAGCAAGAUUCCCAUCUCCGACAUUCGGAAGAGACACGUGGAUCAGGAUCAGGCAAGAGCCCCCUUAACUGUGUUAGAUGCCUCUGCAGAAGAUGAGCCAAAGACCAACUGGAAGGACUUGGCUGGCAGUAGCCCUUCCAAGCCCUCGCGAAAAGAGGAAACACCAGUAGUGUACCAGAAGAAGCAAAAGACUGAAAGUGCGUCACCGAUACCCGCAGCUAUGAUGUCUAAUAGGCGGCCAGUGACUUAUGGGGCCUCCCCACUUCCACUACCAUCGCCGCCACCAGCACCAGAAUCCAAGAGCCCCUGCUCGAGAAAUGUGACGGAAAAUCCUGCAGCGGGAGGUUCAAUGCCCACCGUUGAGCAAGUUGUAGAGAUUACCAGUUUGCAACCUGCCAAAAGGCAUCUAGUGUCACCUUCGCAAACACAGGAGGAAAGUGACUUGUGCGGCUCUUCUGCUGUAGUUCGUAAUGUGGAGGCAUCAAACCCUAUUGCGUGUCAGAGAGACUCGGAAUCCCAAAUUCUAGAACUUCAAAAUCAAAUGUUCUCCUUCAUUCCUACGAGCUCAAGGAGGAUGCAUGGAUUGUCGAACCUCGGGAACACGUGCUUUAUGAAUGUUAUCAUUCAAUGUCUCUACAAUUUGACUAGUUUUGUAGCAGGCAUGGAGCAAUUUUUUGGUCCACUUCUGAACAAGAAUGCUCCGGAGGGAUCUGCACCUCUCAUGUCCCAAGAUGCUGUAGGUGUACAUACUGCUUUGCUCAAAGUGUUCCGAGACCUAAAGCACGUUGAAGGAUAUGAAACUGUGAAUCCCUCCGUGCUUAAGCAAGCGUUUGCAAAGCACCAAUCGAGCUUCUGGGAUUGCAUCCAGCAGGAUGCGCACGAAUUCUUUUGUAGCUUAGUCGAUCAAGUGCAAGAAAAUGUAUCAUGUGAACUCAAGAGGCUGUACCCCAUCGAUGCUGAGCGGCCUAAACUAGAAACUGUGUGCCCAACGACACAGAAUUUCAGCUGCCUAGUCAGGAACAGUUUGACAUGUACUGCUUGUGGGAAAGUAUCAUCUGUGGAGGAGACUUAUCGAGACUUCUGUUUGGCUUUGCCAGAAGAUGAGAGAACUGAUGAAUCUAAGGACUGGAGCCUGGAAUCACUGUUGAACUUGUAUUUUCAGGAGAGUACUAUAUGUCGCAAGUGUGAAGGGUGUGGUGCGGAAGACUCGAAGGCUAGAGCUCAAAUCCUUCAACUACCACACGUUCUAGUGCUUCAACUGAAGCGAUUACAUAUGGACCGUGAUUUCCCAUGCACCAAAGUUACAUCUCCUGUAAAGUUCAACUCUCGCCUUGAUAUCGGACCAUGGUGUGCUCAAGAUAAACAAAAGUUUUGGAGUCCCACAAACGUUGAUUCUCAGAAUUAUGAAGGGAUGGAGUCGGCAGCUUCCGUUUGUAGUGCACAGGAUAAGUUUGUUAGCAUCAGUCAAGGAACGCUUGACUGUCGAUCACAAGACAUGAGCGACACUUCCGGAACAAAUCGAACUGCUGAUGUGGGCACCAGCUACAGGUUAUAUGGGGUUGUGAAUCAUUUGGGAUUUACCUCCACAUGUGGCCAUUUCCUCGCCGACACUCUCGAUCCGGAGGCUAACCGAUGGCUUAGAUGUGAUGAUUCGCUAGUCACUGACGUAUCAGAAGAUUCAGUUUCGGCCAAUGUGAAGGAGGCUUACAUGUUCUUUUACGUGCAUCAACCUGUCAGCUCAUAGCUUGUCGACUGAAACCAUAAGUUUUGACUAGUCGUUUCCAUGUGAGCCUAACUUAGGAAGAUUUAACUUAGUAGAGUGUAUGAUGAAAAACAUACCUUGUUGUAUAGCUAGUGAGGAAAUUUUAUCUUGAAGCCGUAACAGAGGCAUCGGCAGGUAGUCCCUACAAGACAGUUACACUGAGAUCUAACGUGCAGUAUGGCAGUGAAUACUUGUCUGUUAGAUGGUGUGACAACCUUUGUAUGAUAAGCAAUUUGAUACAAAAGACUUCUAACCUCCCUUAACAAAUUGGCAUGUAAGAUUUUCUCUCCAAACCAUAGUACCCAUUAUCAUGGAACUUUUCUUCUA